AUGCCUAAUAAGGAACAAAAGAAAUGCGUUAUCCUGGGGGGGGGGGGGGGGGGGGGGGGGGGGGGGGGGGGGGGGGGGGGGGGGGGGGGGGGGGGGGGGGGGGGGGGGGGGGGGGGGGGGGGGGGGGGGGGGGGGGGGGGGGGGGGGGGGGGGGGGGGGGGUGGGGGGGGGGGGGGGGGGGGGGGGGGGGGGGGGGGGGGGGGGGGGGGGGGGGGGGGGGGGGGGGGGGGGGGGGGUUGCAUCUGCAGCCGCAGACAUUGCUGA